GUCAUACAGAAGAAGUCCAAAAACCAGGAAGUACUCAGGGGAACAAAAUUUGACAGAAAUUUGUUUUGGAAACUGAAGUAGCUUAGUAGUGGCUUUCGUGGAUUUGUUUUGAUAAAGUCCUUCUCAUUUUUUUUUACAUUUUAUUGCAUUUGAUCUCGAUAUAUUGCUGGAAAGGUGUGACAAUCAGCAAUGGCAGAACCAAACAUAGACGGAAAACUUGCUGAGGAGUUUGCUGUGCCCGCCCAGGUUGAAGAAGUGAAGGAGCGAAUGACUGAGUUUGCCCGUAACCACGCGUCAGAGGGGCGCAAAGUGGUUGUGAUCACAUCAGGGGGCACCAAAGUCCCUCUUGAGUCCCGUACCGUCCGAUUUCUGGACAACUUCAGCAGCGGGCGGCGAGGGGCAUCUUCUGCGGAGUAUUUCAUAGAGGCUGGAUAUGCAGUUGUUUUCCUACACAGGCAUCGCUCUCUGUACCCGUACACCCGAAUGUUCUCAAACAUAAACAUGCUGGAUGCACUGCAGGUUAAGAGGGACCAAGGAGGAGAGGUGGUGGUCAAUCAGGAGGUGCUUCCAAAUAUUGCCAAAGUUCUGAAACGCUAUCAGGAAGUGAAAGAAAACAGGCUACUUCUACCCAUAGAGUUCAGCGCACUGUCAGAGUACCUGCAUCUCCUGAAAGCUGCAGCACAAGCCCUCAGCUCUGUAGGUUCCAAUGCCAUGUUUUAUUUGGCUGCUGCAGUUUCUGACUUCUAUAUCCCAGCGUCAGAGAUGCCUGAACAUAAAAUUCAGUCUUCAAAUGGACCAUUACAGCUCAGUUUGAACAUGGUCCCUAAGAUCUUGUCUCCAUUGGUGAAGGACUGGGCUCCUCAGGCUUUUGUCAUUUCCUUUAAACUGGAGACCGACGCCUCCAUCCUCCUGGACAAAGCCAAAAGAGCCCUGGACACGUACAGGCACCAGGCUGUAGUGGCCAAUGUGCUGGACUCCAGGAGGGGGUAUGUCGUCGUGGUAACCAGGGACACUCAGGUGGAGCUCCUUUUAUCAGAUGAAGAUGUGAAAAACGACAUCGAGAUUGAGGAGAGGAUAGUGAGUAAUUUAACAUCAGCACAUAAAAGGUUUAUAAACAAGCAAAAAGUCUGAGGGCCAAAAGAACUGCAUGUUGGAAUAAGAUGUGUAAAUUCCCUGGGCGUGCUAUUAAAUACACCUCUUCUACUGAUUUUAAAGCUACUAUAGAAUCUUUAACAUUGCAGUUAAGCAUUCAAUCUGUAAGGGUAUUAAGAUACAGGUGUGAAAGUAGCAGUUGCAUUUAGGGCAUACAAAUAGCAAAGGUGAUGAUUUUGAUCUGUUAAAUGAGUGUUUAAAUUCAGACUCCAUUAAAUUUCAUAAGCCCAUAAGAAUUCACACAUUUCUGUUACAUCCCAUGAAUCCUCUCCACUUUCCUCUGUCUUGAAGCAUCAGUUCUGAAUGUCUGUGUAUGUAAUAUGCAAUUGAUCUGGUGUACUUAAUAAAAUGUCCAGUUUGUUCAUGUGCCCUUGCUUUACCCAGGCUUUGGCUUGUCUUCAUAUGUAAGCUAAAUACAUUUUUGCCUUUCCUACUGCAAACAGUAAAUAAACUUAACAAAUGCCUUUUUAAAGAUUACCUUCUUGUAAAUGUUAGAAGAACCUUAUCUUUAUGACUAAACAAUCUUAUGUUUGAUAAUAUAAUACCCAGAAUAAACAAGACUACAACAGCUGG